AAAGUUCUAUGUUAAAGAACAGAACGCUUUGCCAUUGCCUCUGACUGAUGAAGACGUCAUUUGGUAUGAAAAUGCUUUCUAAUGAUGAAUGUUAGAUGUGUUUUAAGUGUCAGUGCAAUUUUUUCUGUUUAAAUGUUUGAUUUGGAGGGUAAAUAUUGUAUCUUGUAAAUAGUAUGUACUUGCAAUGUUUUUUUUUUUUCUUCUAACCAUUUUCAAGUGUUUACAUCCUGUUCUUUUUCCCAUGAUUUUUUAAAGGUUUUAUUCUAUUUUUAACUUAAAAUGUCACCAUGAAUUUUUGAGGAUGUAUUUUAAGCAUUAGUAAGGACAUUUUAUUCAUUGUGUCUUGAACAGGUAACCCACAUGCAAAAUGCAGAAUCUGACAGAUUUUCCGGGAAAUGCAACUUCCCACAAAACCUCGUCUGUGAUCAUCAAGGUGUGUGUGGUUAUCCCCUUUUUCUGCGUCUUCCUGUGCUGCAUCGGUGUCAUGCUGCAUAUUUUUGCAUCUCACAGACAGUUCCUGGACACAUCUCGGUACAUCCUGUUUGCCUGCAUGCUCAUCAAUGACACCGUCCAGCUCUUGUCCUCUGUGCUGCUUUUCCUCUUCGUCAUGAGCCAGGUGAAAUUCGCUAUUGUCUACUGUGUUCCUCUGCUGUUUUUUUCCAGCGCCACUUUCCAGAACACACCUUUAAUCCUGGCCACCAUGUCACUGGAGCGUUAUGUUGCCAUCUUCUACCCCCUGCAGCGCCCGGCGGCCUGGCGCUCCGACCGAAUCUGGAUCAUUGUUCUGUCUCUGUGGCUCAUCAGCUGCAUUAUCCCUCUCAUUGACCAUGCCAUCAUGGAACAUGACCCUGCUGUGAAUAUCUUCUCCACCCCUGUGAUUUGCAAAACUAAUUCUAUUAACUCAUCCCCGAUCCAGACAUUGUUCAGAGCUGCCAUGAGUUUUCUUUUCUUUGCAGUAGUGGCUGUUAUCAUCCUCUUUACAUAUGUGAGAAUCCUGCUGGAAACCAGGAAGCUGAGACAAGACAAAGAGUCUGUAAGCAAAGCCAUGCACACAGUGCUGCUGCACGGCUUUCAGCUGCUGCUGUGCAUGUUGGCCUUCACCAGCCCCAUCACUGAAACUCUCAUAGUUCUGCAUGUUAACUGGCUGCCAGGGGAUGUGUCCUUUUUUAAUUACUUUUGUUUUAUACUGAUUCCACGCUUUCUCAGCCCGCUCAUCUACGGCUUUAGAGAUCAGAUUCUCAGGGCCUACAUUGCAAAAAUGUUUCUCUGCUGCUCAAACAAAGUCAAACCAGGUAUCAGAGGCAAGCUGCAGGAAACCGUGUCUGCGAGAUGAAAAAGAGACUGAGUGUAUACUGUCAAAAAGAUGGAUUUGUGAUGUUAAACAGGGUAUCGGAAGGUCUAAAAAUGUCUACAGAGAACAUUGAAUUCAAUGUUGUAUUUAAAGGCUUAAACAGCUUUAAACAUAUGUUAUACUGUUGUUGGUGAUCCCUGCAGAAACUCUGUACAACAUAAAUCUGUCUUC